UUGCUAGGAGAUGAGACGCAUUUUUCCGCUGGAAAGCCGGGGAUCACAGACCGCCAGGGUUGCCUGAAGACUGAGAGCUAAGGUCUGGCUACCUUAGUUCCAGGGGCAGUUCCAGAAGGUGCCUUCUAGGGAGCGUUUUCCUUGUACCCUAACGUAGGCCGAGGCCAGUCGCGGCUCCUUGCCUGGAUCCAAUCCCCGGCCUAGGCAUGCCUAGGAAAGGGAAGAAGACCAAGACACCCCUGUCGGACGAAGAGCAGCUGCUUCUAUUGCAGCAGAAGUUGCUGGCAGAAGAGGAAAUGGCCAAGAAGAAAGAGAGGCUUCUCAGCCAGUUCUUGAAGGAUAAGCUGGCCAAGGAGGAACAAAACAGUGCUCUGAACCUCAAUAAGAUUAACACACAGUGGAGAACUGUCCUUCGGGAAGUCAAGACUAAAGAGCUUCUUAAAGACAUUGAGAUCCUCAGUCAAACAUUUGAACGAGUGGUGGAUUGCAAGGACAGUGUCAUCAAGUCUUUAGCUAAGGACCUAUCAGAAGCUGAGGAGCAGUAUGCUCAUGCCCUGCGCAGCCACUUGCACAACGUUGACCAGCUCUUGGCCCUGCAGAGGUGCAGGCUCCACCUCCUGGAGGAAAGUUACAACAUGGAGCUAGAGGUCCUAACCAAGGAGUUUGAGACAGAAAGGAAGACAAUUAUUGACCAACACGAGGAAGAGAUUCACUAUCUACAAGAUGUCUUCAUGGCCAUGGAGCAGAACUAUAUAGAUUCUGAGUAUGAAAGCAAGUUGGAGUUCCAGAGCAUGUGGGAUGAUCUCAAAAACAAGAAUUUAGAAGAGAAGCACUUUCUACGAAUACAACUAGAGAACAUAGUAGAAGAUCUGUGGAGAAGGUUCCAGGAUGCACUCAAGAAUUACACUGAUGCCACAGAGGAUCGGAAGAUUGCCUUUGAAACCUUAAAGGUGAAGGAUGAGAAGAGCUCCAAAGAAAUUGAAGCACAGAUGAAAAAAAUACAGAAACUACAGGAGGCCAUAAGUAUUUCAAAAGGCAAAAUCCUGAUGCAUAGUCGUGAGAGUGAAGAUCAGAACCAGUACAUCCGUAACGAUAAGGAGUUGGUCCUUAUACAACUGCGAAAACUUAAAGCUCAAAGGACGCAGGCCCGAGGGGUAUCCCAGGAGAACUUAGUCAAACUCACGCUGGAAAGCAAUGCUACCCUCAAGGCCCUAAGAAAGAUCGUCGAUAAGGGUGAAAAGAUCCUUAAACUUGCGGAAAUAUGUAGGAAAUAUGAAACAGAGGAAGAGAAAGUGCUGCCUUUUUAUUCAUCAGUAUUGACUCCCAAGGUUCAGGAGGAAACUGAGGAACAAAACCCUGAAGAACUUACUAUGGAGCUUGCCAGGGUGAUGGUCGACUACACAGGUAUGGAGAAUUUCUGGAAAAGGUACAACAAGGUGAAACUUGAGCAACUCAGCCUCCAACACAGACGAGCCCAGCUGUUGGAAAUUAAUGGGAAGCUGCGGGAGAUGCUCAAACAGUACUUAGAUGGCAUCUCUGUGAGUGAUGAAGUGUUGAACCAGUUCAACCCACUCUUCAUAGUCAACCAUCAAAGUAACUUAUCCCAGCCCUUGUCCACACCUGCAGCCCAGUCAGGUGACAAACCACCUUCAACUACUUAUAAUAUCAUUGAAGCAGCCCACAUCAUCUCCCACACCCUGUGAUCCAAGGAGGACACUUCUUUUCAAUUCCAAGAGAUUUGUUUUUUUUUUUUGAGACCUGAGUGCUUUGCUAUUAAAAACUUCCAUGGAGUUUAUGAACUCUUUAUAUUUUUACUGUCUUGGACAGAGCAGUCCACUUUGAGGACCCUAGGAAUACUGCCAUCCCGGGAAGUGGAGAGAAUAGGUAGGCAAUGACUGGAGGAUUACUGCUCAAUGAAGCACAGCUCCUUGUGUCAUGGCACCACGGGAGCCCAUACCAAUACCUUAAGGACCUAGAGGUCCUAGUGGACAGAUCCUAUGGGCAGGUCUUCGGGGUAAAUAAGGACAGCAAGAGGUGGCCUAAGGCGGCCAAUCACCACCUUGCCAGGCAAGAUUCAACUCCAGAAUGCCUUUUUAUAUCAGCCCUUCACUUCAUUACCAUUUAUAAAAAGCAGCUUCAGAAAGUAUCAGGUGAAGAAUACAAUGUUCUUUAAAAAGUACUAUCAUUUAUUUCUUUUUACUCUUGUUUCGUUUUUCUUCCUUGAGCUUCUUUUUGGAGACUUUGGGUGUGUUGGCCUUUUUGUAUAGGUGAAAACCAAUGAGACCCAGGAGGCCUGGCACCAUGGCCAUGCCUACCAGAGGCAAAAUGCCCUUCACCAGCUUUUGCCAGUAGUUGGCUCGGAUCAGUGCAAUCAGCUCCACGUCAUACUGCAACACUGCAUCCGCUGGAGAGGCAGAGGGGAGGUGAGGAUUAGAAUCUCUGUGCAUUUAUCCAGGACUUUGAAUGUGAAUGAACAGGAAGGGCUGGCUACAGCAAAGCCAACUAUGAAGCUGACAAGACUUAAAUGUGGGGUUGAGUUUCCUUAGACAAAGGCAGAAGAGGGUUAUAAGCUGAGUCUAGCAAUAGUCAUGUCGACGCCAACUACAUGCUUGGCUUGAAUUCAGUGAGGUCUUUGACAGCACAGAAAAACUUUGACAGCACAAGAGAAUGUUCUCCAUUUAUAAAAGAACCCUCUAUACUACCUAUACCUAUUUUCCAAAGAGCUAUGUGGACAGAAUCUUUGCAGAGUGAAAUUAAUUGGAUUUAAAGUAGACAACUUUAAAAUUCCACCAACCAAUGAGCACACUCAAUGUGAUUAUUCGAAAAACAGCUAGGUAUGGUAGUACACAGGAAGCUGAGGCAGGAGGAUCGCAAGCUAGGGCCAACCUGGGCAACUUAAUGAGACCCUGUCUCAAAAUAAAAAAUAAAAAAGGCUGGGGGUGUGGAUGUAGCUCAGUGAUAGAGUGCCCCUGGGUUUAGUCUCCAUUCCAUAAACAAACAAACAAAUGGGGGCAGGUGGAAGAGGAGUGAAUGGGAAGGGAGAGAUAUACAAAGAAGAAAGCAAGCAGUACUGUGAAUUGGGAAGUAAUAUAACUUUGGCUAAAAUAGUUUCUCUCUAGUCCCCCUACCCUCUUUCCAGGUCUUCCUCUAACUGGAACUAGGAUAGGAAUUAUGUUCUCAAUGCUUUGUGGAAUAAAACACAUUUUAGUUAAUAGAACAUUUGUUAUAAUCAAAAGCAAAAUAUAUGUUUCUUGG